UGCAGACUAACGAAUCCCUCACCGUCUCACUCUGCCUCCUAUCAUAACUCCUCCUCUCCCCUCUCUCUAUCGUCUACUUUCCUUUCUCCUCUUCUCUCUAUUAAUUCCACUAGGAUUAUCUUGUCGAAAUAUUCUUAGAAUAUUUUCAUUUUCUAGAAUAUCCCCCCUCAUAAAGAUUCUAAGAUAAUAGUCAAUGCCCUCGCUAGAGACUCUCCCCGUCGAGAUCCUGCAGACAAUCUUCUUAUACAGCCUGGAGAUUAAUCUGCCACGGGCCUCGCUGUCCAUUGCGCGCGUUCUCUCCAGCCCGCUCAUUUACACCUGGCUGAUCCGCCUUGCCUUCAGCAGCGACAAUGAGAGUUCUCGCCACGGCAUCUUCACCCCUGACUUCUUACCGCCGCCACUGGAGUUUUUCUCUCUCUCACGAAGUCAGAGGCGAGAUUUACAGGCUGCUUUGCUCGAAUGUCGCUGGUGCACCUUGCCGCUAAUGCGUCAAUGCCAGCGCGACUACAUCGAACACGUCCUCCGCCGGAAGACCGGGGACCUAGCUCUGAGUCUUGAUCCGGCUGCUCUCCAGUCAUCACUGGAUGAUGGGUUUUCCCGUCUAUCGGAUGCCGCUCAUGGCCACCGCGGCAAAGGUGACCUGGUUGUAGCCUCGCGGACUCGCGCUGACGACGGCAGCGCCUCCGCGGAGCGCAAGGUGGCUGUCUGGUUCCAUUUCGGCGCAGUGCAGAUACGUGAACCCUCGGAUGUCUUCUAUGAACGCGAUCUUUUCCGGCUACCCUGCUGUAACACCGAGUUCCCUGCCCGCCUCCCCGACAAACUGCUCCGUAGCCCCUGGACCCCCACACAGCUGGAAUUUCUCGACCUGCUCGCCGGGGAUGCCUGGCUGGACGAGGAUCCGAGCUUCCCACGCGCAAGACAGACGCUCCGAAAUGUAGUCCGUCUGCGCAACCAUGCAGCCUUUACCCGUCUGCUCGAGAUGCACGUCCGCACCGUUCCCUAUCGCUACUCAGUCCCCUGGCCGGUGCACCAGAGCACCGUGAUUGCCGUGCUCAAACACGCGGACACCCAUGACGACCCGUUCGUCGCGUACCUGGUUCACAAAAAGUGGAAUGAACUGCCAGACAUGAAUUCGCGGAUCAAGGAGGGAUUACUUGCUAAAGCGCGACCGGCUUACUUAUAGUCCAUAAUCAUGAAUAUAUAUAAAAAAAAUUCAAUAAAUGGUAUAAUACACGAUCAUAAGAAACGUAAACCCCCAUCAAAAAAAAGGAAACCCCCCAUUAUAUCAUAAUAUCAUGUUCAAUCAAGUCGAGAGACUCGGGAAGUAAGAGGGUAUUAUACCCUCGCCCUUCGUCGGCGUCUCAUCCCACCUCCCCGACAACUCUGACAGGUCAGGCAGGAGAUAAUCACA